UAUUUAUCGGUUAGUUGAAAACAGACAAUCUGCGAUUUGUGUUUAUAAGCUUUAAGGUCUACGUAAUUAAUUAUUUGUUUGUAUUCAAUGUGUAAGUGUAGACUGUGACCAAAAAUGAUUCCAAGAUGAGUAUUAGUGGUUAACAAGUUUCCCAUUCAUAAAAAGGUCGCACAUUUAAAUUAUUAAGUUAUAAAUAACAGUGAAGAGCUAUGAGUGAUUUCAAACCCAAGUUUGUUAAACCAUCAGACACAUCGAGCUUCCUAGAUAGAAACGAAUCUUCGGUUGCAGAGUCUACUCAUUUUGUAUUUAAUAAACAUUUAUCUCAAAGUAUCCAAACUCAGCGACAAAGAUUGCCCAUAUUUAACAACAGAAAUCAUAUUUUAUAUUUGUUGGAGAAGUUUCAAACAUUAGUUUUGGUUGGGGAGACUGGAUGUGGGAAAAGCACUCAAAUACCUCAGUUCAUGAUAGAGGCUGACUGGCCGGGUCAGAUAGGAAUAUGCGAGCCUCGAAGGGUGGCUGCCAUAUCUCUGGCAAACCGGGUGGCUGACGAAACAGGAACUUUUGUGCAGGGGGACACAGUGGGCUAUGCUGUUAGAUUCGAUGCUUGCACUAACAAACCCAAAAUUAAGUAUAUGACUGAGGGCAUUUUAAUAAGAGAAAUGAUGACAGACCCCCUUAUGAAAAACUAUGCUGCCAUAAUGUUGGAUGAAGUACAUGAAAGAAGCAUGUAUACAGAUAUUUUAAUGGGACUUAUGAAGAAAAUCCUGAGGAAACGGAGGGAAUUAAGAUUGAUAGUAACUUCCGCCACCUUAGAUGCUAAGGAACUGCAUGAUUUUUUUAAUGAGAAUAAUACUGGGAACCCCAAAAAAGAUACAGCUGUUAUCAUGAGUGUAGAAGGAAGGCAGUUUCCUGUAGAAAUAUAUUAUGCUGCAGAACCUGUUCCUUGCUAUAUUCAAGCCUCAGUGGACACAGCUGUUAAGAUCAACAGCUCAAAAAGCGAAGGCGACAUUCUUAUAUUCCUGACAGGUCAAGAGGAAGUAGAUAGAGCUGUUAGAUUGCUAAAUGAACAUGCGGCAAUAAUAGAAAAUUCCAACGGUAAAAAUAAAUUGGAAGUGUUGCCCAUGUACGGAUCGUUACCGUAUCACGAGCAAUUGAAAGUUUUUAAAUCUGCACCCUUGGGUCACAGAAAAGUUGUUGUGGCCACCAAUGUUGCCGAAACUUCGAUUACUAUACCUGGAAUAGUUCAUGUUAUUGAUUGUGGUUUUGUAAAAAUGAGAUGGUUCAACUGUGAAACGCACACGGACAGUCUAAUAACUUUACCAAUAAGCAAAUCUUCAGCUGAUCAAAGAGCUGGCAGAGCUGGAAGAAUGAGAACAGGAAAAGUGUUAAGACUUUACAACGAAGAGUUCGCAUCAAAAUUGGCAGACAACACCCCACCGGAGAUAGUAAGAACGAACCUGACAUACGCCGUCCUCCAGUUAAAAGCUCUAGGAAUCAGUAACGUGGUGAAAUUCAAAUUUCCCAGCCCGCCUCCAAUAGAAAACCUAAAGAGCGCCCUGGAAAUCCUCUACGCGUUGGACGCAAUCGAUAUAAAAGGAAAUCUCACCAAACCUCUCGGUUACCACAUGUCCGAGUUCGCUUUGGAUCCGCUCUACGCCAAAGUGCUUUUAAGCUCCGGCGAAUUCGGUUGCUCCGAGGAAAUUCUUACGAUCAUCUCGAUGCUACAAGUGGAGGUUAUUUUCACGAAACCCUCGUCUGGCAAAUCCAGCAUCAAUGCUAGAAUACAAAAGAGGCUGUUUGAAGUGGAAGAGGGCGAUCUUAUUACGUAUUUAAAUGUCUAUAACGGGUUUUUGCAAAGCGAUAUGGCCAGAGAGUUUUGCCAUAAAAACUUUUUGAAUUAUAAAUCAUUAAAGAGAGUUGUGGAAAUCCGGAGCAGGUUGCAAAAAGUCCUAAAGAACUAUGAUAUACCCAUAGUAUCCUGUCAAAGAUCUACUGAGACAGUAAACAAAUGUAUAGUAAAUGGCCUUUUUCCCAAUGCAGCAUAUCUCCAUGGCAGUGGAGUGUAUAAGACUGUUCGAGGUGAUAUUGAAUUGUAUGUGCACCCUGAUAGUGUUUUAUAUACAAUAAAACAGCCCCAAUGGGUUGUAUUUUGUGAAGUGGUGCACACAACCAAAUUGUACAUGAGGGAUAUAACAGUAAUCCAAAGUGAUUGGUUGUUAGAAUUAGCGCCACAUUUCUACUACAAAACCUAUUUGGAAUAAAUGAAAAUGC